UAACAAUGACAAAAUAUAAUCUAAUUACGUUUUCUUUUAUUGUGUGCAAAUUUGUUCUUUCCACCAAUGACAGUCGUCAGAUAUCUCUUUGCUACGCAGGAUACUUUUGGAGCAAAGAAAAUGCAAUGUGUGAGAAGUGUCCUGUUGGUUACCAUAAUAUAAACUGCUCAGAAAGGUGCAAAUAUCCUAGCUUUGGAGAAGAUUGUCAAGGCGGGUGCAAAUGUAGAGAAAAUCUUUGCGAUUUUGUACUAGGAUGUCUUCAACAGAGAACUACCAGGUAUUUUGGAACAUCAGCUGUAUCUGAAAACACUUUGAGUACCGAAGAACUUGCAUUUCAAACAACCAAGAUGAUAAGUACAAUAAAACAGCAUGAGACGAAAGCGGACUUUAUUUUGUACGGAAUUUUUAUCCUAGUUGGCGUUUUUGUGACGCUGUUUGGUGUUUUUGUCGCUACUUAUCUUUAUAAACAAUGUUUUCGAAAAAGAGCUACUAGCAAUAGAUACGGCACAGCCGAAUUAACUGCUGUUGACAGGUACAAAGGACUGGAAAAUAAGAAAAUUAUGAUAAAUGAUUCCAGUGAAAAUACAUCAGAUCCCGUCUAUCUCGAUCCAAUUUGUAGUCUUCCACCAUUUGAUAGCUCUGAAUCAAACCAAUCGUCAUUGCAGAAAGCGAGCGUUUAUCUAGAGGUAAUCCACAGUAAAUGUAGUGACGAAUCAUUGCCUUCUAGUGAUGAAAACUCUUCUACUGGUAAUGUUGUGGUCAUACCAUAA